GUCCCUUUUUCAACCUUCACUGCGAGCACGGUAGCGAGAGGGGCACCUUCAAGCAGGGGUCGAUAAAUAACCACUUGUAAAAUUUAUACACAUAUACAAGAACAAUGUCCUUCCUCUCUAUCAGCAGACUAGCCCCAAGGCUCCUCAGUUCAAAGAAUGCAGCAUGUGUUGUUGUGGCUGCCAGAAAUGCCAGCGCAUCCACGAAUUUGAAAGAUGUCCUGUCAGACCUCGUCCCUAAAGAACAGAGCAGGAUCAAGAACUUCAAACAGCAGUAUGGCAAAACCUCAAUUGGUCAGAUCACGGUGGACAUGGUUUAUGGAGGAAUGAGAGGGAUGAAGGGUUUAGUUUACGAGACAUCUGUACUAGACCCUGAUGAGGGCAUCCGUUUCCGUGGUUACAGCAUUCCAGAGUGUCAGCAGUUGUUGCCCAAGGCUCCUGGUGGAGAGGAGCCACUGCCGGAGGGUUUGUUCUGGUUGCUGGUCACAGGGCAGGUGCCCACUGAGGAGCAGGUCAGUUGGCUGUCUAAGGAGUGGGCCAAGCGCGCAGCCCUUCCCUCUCACGUGGUCACCAUGCUGGACAACUUUCCCACCAACCUGCACCCCAUGUCUCAGUUCAGCGCCGCCAUCACUGCUCUGAACAGCGAGAGCAGCUUCGCUCGGGCGUAUUCUGAGGGAGUUAACAAGGCCAAGUACUGGGAGUUUGUGUAUGAGGACUCCAUGGACUUGAUCGCCAAGCUCCCCUGCGUGGCAGCUAAGAUCUACCGUAACUUAUACCGUGAAGGCAGCAGCAUCGGCGCCAUUGACUCCAACCUGGACUGGUCACAUAACUUCACCAACAUGCUGGGAUACACCGAGCCACAGUUCACAGAGCUCAUGAGGCUCUACCUCACCAUCCACAGUGACCAUGAGGGUGGAAACGUGAGCGCACACACUAGUCACCUGGUAGGAAGUGCACUAUCCGACCCCUACCUCUCCUUCAGCGCUGCUAUGAAUGGUCUGGCAGGACCCCUGCAUGGAUUGGCCAAUCAGGAGGUGCUGGUGUGGCUGACAGCCCUGCAGAAGGAACUCGGUGGUGAGGUGUCCGAUGAGAAAAUGAGAGAUUACAUUUGGAACACGCUCAAAUCAGGCAGAGUUGUGCCAGGCUAUGGUCACGCUGUGCUGAGGAAGACAGACCCUCGCUACACCUGUCAGCGAGAGUUUGCCCUCAAGCACCUUCCCAAUGACCCUAUGUUCAAGCUGGUCGCUCAGCUUUACAAGAUCGUACCCAAUGUGCUUCUGGAGCAGGGCAAAGCCAAGAAUCCCUGGCCCAAUGUAGAUGCACACAGCGGAGUCCUGUUGCAAUAUUACGGCAUGACUGAGAUGAACUAUUACACUGUGCUCUUCGGCGUAUCCCGGGCUUUGGGUGUCCUCGCCCAGCUGGUGUGGAGCAGAGCGCUGGGCUUCCCUCUGGAGCGUCCCAAGUCCAUGAGCACAGACGGACUCAUGGCUCUAGUCGGGGCCAAGUCAGGCUAGAGAGGGAGCGACCAUGCCAGCGGAGUGAGAACAGAAAGGGGGAGGAGCUUAAGCUAUUAGAACAACCCUCCAGGCUAAGGGAUUCAAAGAGACAGUACACUUUUAAAUUUCUUCUAAAAAGGGCCUUUGUUGAUAUAUAUAACGUCAAGAUCACACAUCCCAUUGACACUCUUCUAUUAGUCCACGCAUUGCACAAACCAUCACACUUCAGUUUUCCCAGCUUGAAUGACGCAGCUAUGGAUGUAGCAGGGUGGUUUUGAUGAAGGAGGCUGCGUUAUUGUCCAGCAGCAAAAUAUCUUCUCUUUAAUCACCUAUUUAAAAUAAUAACGACUAUUGAAUACUAGUUAGUCGACUUCAGUAUGUAAAUAAACCCCUUAUCCUCAGCAGUCGCGCCACACUAUUUCAGUUUUAGUCUUGUAUUUUACUCUCCCGAGGUCAGAUGUUCACUUUGUUCGUUUGAGGAAACCAAUCAUCAAAGCCCUGUUUCUGAGCUAAUUUGACUACGUUUGACUUUAGCUAACAUCGCGUUUCUCCUUGUAAGAGCACUCCAUGAUGGCAAAAAAUAGGUCCUCUCUCAAUAGAAUUGAUUCUAUGAGUUCAGUUCAACUUGGGGAAGCUUGUAUAUUUGUUUAAAAGGGUACUGCCCCUUUAAUAAGUUAUCUCUCAUAUUGCUCUCUGACUUAAACCAAUCAUCUUCAUCGCAAUACUACCGUCUUUAUUCCAAAUCUUCUAUUUGUGGACAACAUUUGGCUGAUUUGUGUCAUUUACACAAGUUAUUGAGGUCAGAUUUGUUUAUCAGCUUGAGAGCAAGUCGAAUUUGUAUUUAUACGUUCAUCCAAGAGUGCUUAAAAAUCUGAUACCUUUUUUUUUUUUUUUACUCGUUGAGAGUUUUAUUGUCCAGUGUUUUGAAGAAUGAUGUCUUGUGUAAAGAGAAAAGCUAUCAUUUUGUGUAGGUAUACAUAAGUCGUGGUUUUAUUUAUUCCUGUAAAUAUAGCUUGAAUGUAUUGAACUGCAUAUCAAAACACUGUCCCACCAUCCCUGUUAGGUAAUGACUGGCUCAACCCUUUAUUUUAAAUACCUUUAAGAUUAUUUAAACAUGGCUGGUGCGUGUAACGGUCUGAUCAGACCCCUGUUUGGGUGCUGCUCUAUUGCACGCUUGCUCUCAGGUUGGCGUUUUUUUUUUUUUCCUGGACAAUCUAGCUGGUAUCUAUUUUAGCUAGUCGCUCCAUAAGCACUCCAUUAACUUGAUGGCACUUUUCCCUUCAUCAUCAUCAUCAUCAUCAAUUCUGUGUGUUGAACCCCAGUCAUCCAAGAACAUAUUUUGUCUGAUUUGCUGUGCCCUUUUCUGUUGCGGCUGUUUUCAUUAUGAUGAAUUUGAUUGGUUUAUGCUCCAUUGAGUUGAUUUCAAUAACAGGGAAUGUGAAUAUGGAGAUGAUUGGUUGAAGUCAGACCCACCAGGGGGAAAUGGGGAGGGGAAACAAGAGAAUGGGGUUACAAAAGGAGUCUGGAUUGAUUGUGAAAAAGAAGCUUAGGUGAACAAAACAGAAAAAUGUGGGAAAAUUGACAAAAAACGAAAACCAAUAAAUGUUUUUAACAAAA